AUGGGGCAUUUGAUUAAGGAUUGCCCCUCCUCCAGAGGAACUACGGUGACGUCCCCGUCUCAAACUCCAACUCAGACUCGUCAGGGGAGAGGGGGCAGCAGGCCCCAAGCGGCAGGCAGAGUGUAUGCUAUGACCGGGGCGGAGGCGACAGGCUCAGGUAAUCUUGUUGUUGGAUGUUGUUUGAUUGCGGGAAAACCCCGAUGUGUGUUGUAUGAUUCGGGAGCGACACACUUCUUUGUGUCAGAGUCUUGUGUGCUUGAGUUGGGUUUGCCGGUUAGUGAGCUACAACUCGAUCUUGUAGUGUCUACGCCGGCAUCUAGGUUAGUCAGAACGUCUUCUGUGUGUGCUAGAUGUCCAGUGGAAGUAGAGGGACGCAUGUUUAAAGUGAAUUUGAUAUGCCUACCUCUCAUUGAUUGUCGGGAGAAGAAGUUGUUGUUCUCCGACAUAGAGGAGUCGGAGUUGUUGUCCUCUCAGGGUGUCUUAAGGGAGAUCAAGGAUUGUGCCCAGUGUUACUUAAUCUAUGCUCAGUUGGAGGUGGAGAAAGAGGAGAGAAUAACGGUAAUCCCCGUCGUGCGGGAGUUUGAGGAUGUGUUCCCUGAAGAGGUACCCGGUUUACCCCCGAGGAGAGAAGUAGAGUUCUCCAUUGAUCUGGUACUAGGAGCGGGUCCCGUGUCAAUAGCUCCUUAUCGCAUGGCUCUUGCAGAGUUGGUGGAAUUGAAGAAACAAAUUAAGGAGUUGCUUGAUAAAUAG